CGGAAAUCGUGUGAACGUGACCAGCCUGGCAGGCACUCUGCAUGCAUGCUCAGCCCGCUAAUAGCCUGUCCGCUUACCCGCCCAACGCAAGUUCAGUCGCAAGCUGUCGACUAUCAUGGUACCACCGUCACGAGCCGCGAGACUGCAUAUGGUGUUCAAGUCUGAGACGAUCCACAAUUGGGGUCCGCAACACCACCUGUGGCACGGAUUAGUUCAGCUGCGAGUUUUGACCGAGAAACUCAUGAUAAUAUUAGUAGUAGGCAUCCCUCACUCCGAUCGCGAUGCUCGUACUCCCAGCCGGACCUCCAUCUUCUUAGUCGUUCGGAGCGCACCCAGCAGGUCAUGGCGUCCUCCUUCUUCACCAACUCACCCGUCGCCGCUUUUGUGGUAUGCAUCGUCACCGCACCCAUCUGCAUCCUGGCAGCCAUCCUCCGCUUCCUGGCCACCAGGAAGACCGGCCGCAAGCAUAGCAUUGAGGACUGGUGCGCCUACGCCGCCGUGGUGUUCCACCUGGUCUACAUCUCAAUCGCGCUUCACACCAUCAACUUCCUGGGGUGGCGGGACGUCGUGACGAUCCCGCUGCCCGACUUUCUCUACGCCGCCAAGAUAUACUACGCCCUUCCCAUACCCUUUGGCAUCAACCAGCUGCUGACCAAGGCAAGCCUGCUGUUCUUCUACCACCGCAUCUUUAGCAUCCACCGCGUCUUUGCGCGCUGGAUCUACGUGCUCGCGGUAGCCAACGUGGGCUGGUUCAUCAUGAUGGUCGCGCUCUCCCUGUUUAGCUGCCGUCCCGUGAGCAAGGGCUGGGACAUCUUCGCGCCCGGCACGUGCUUCGACUACAACUCGUCCACGGCCAUCACCGAGACCAUCAAUGCGCUGCUGGACUUUGCCAUCGCCAUCCUCGGCGCCCUGAUGGUCCGGACGCUCCAGGUGUCGCGCGCGACCAAGUGGAAGCUGGGUAUCCUCUUCGCUAUCGGGGGCCUUGCGGGCGUCGUAGCGUUUGUCAUGAUCGCACAGAUAUACACCUUCACAGGGAGUAAGUAGUAGUACUUUUACUCAAUCCCCAAUCCUAUUUGACUCCACUAAUGUGCACCGGCACCAAGUUAUCAACUACAUGCCGGCGCUC